UGGGUCGUUCAAGGUGCAGUUGAUGUGGACAUUGGUGCCAAUCCCUGUAAUGAGGGUGGUGAUCAUGAGGGUGGUGAUCAGGAGGGUGUCGAUGAAGAGGCCGUGAAGGUGAUUGACAUUGUUGACACCUUCCGUCUUCAGGAGCUACCAGCUUUUGAGAGGAAGGAGUUUUGCACUUACAUGAAGCGCUACAUCAAGAACCUCAUUGCCAAGCUUGAAGAUGAGGAACAAGAAUGUUUCAAGAACAACAUUGAGUCGGCCACAAAGUUUCUUCUUAGCAAGCUCGCGGAUUUUCAGUUCUUUGUGGGCGAGAGCAUGCAUGAUGAUGGCAGCCUGGUGUUGGCCUACUACAAGGACGGAGCUGCUGACCCAACUUUCCUCUACUUCGCACAUGGGCUGAAAAAGAUCAACUGCUAAUUACGCUGUAUGCUAAAAUAUAUAUGCAGUCGUCAGUACUAUUGCUCUUGUCUAUGGUUGCCAGCCUACUCUCCAAUGUUGGUGCCGAAACUAUCACAAGUUUAGUGUCUUGAAAACUAUCUGAUAAUUGUGGGAUUUGCUUUGUAUUAAUGGUAAUCGUGAAGUCGCUGUGAUGAUAAUUUUGGGAGCUAUAUUUGGUAGCUGCAUGAAAUAAAAUGGAUGAUUCAGGGGUGUUU